UGUGUCCCCGUGUCCCUCUCUCUCUCUCUCUCGUACGCGCGCACACACGGUGGGGUCAAUGGACAUCAGGAGCUGAAGUGCAGCUGUUUUGACAGCUGGCUUGAACCUCAAGUACCUGGACUGAGUCUGACGGAGAACAGAGUGAGGUUCAAACCUCAGAGAAGGCUUUUAUUUUGACAUUAAUCAAGGCGCCGUUAAGGAGAAGAUAGUACAGCUACUCACUGACCUGUGGCCAUGGCGUCUCCCGAGCUGAAGUACCUGUCUCUGGGCGUGCUGGUGUUCCAGACCACUUCCCUGGUUCUCACCAUGCGGUACUCCCGCACCCUGCAGGCAGAGGGCCCGCGUUAUCUGGCCUCCUCUGCUGUGGUGUUGGCAGAGUUGAUGAAGAUCAUUGCUUGUGUGCUGCUCGUCUUCAAGGAGCACAAUUAUAGCAUGCGAGCACUGAACAGUAUCCUGCGUCAGGAAAUCGUCCAAAAACCCAUUGAAACCCUGAAGCUGGCAAUCCCUUCAGGCAUCUACACCCUACAGAACAACCUGCUUUACGUCGCCCUGUCCAACCUGGACGCAGCCACCUACCAGGUGACGUACCAGCUGAAGAUUCUGACCACGGCUCUGUUCUCUGUGUCCAUGCUGGGCCGCAGACUGGGCAUCUACCAGUGGCUCUCUUUGCUCAUCCUCAUGGCCGGGGUGGCUUUUGUGCAGUGGCCCUCAGACUCCGCGGCAGCUGUAAAGAAGGAGACCGAGUCUGCAGGAUCCCAGUUCAUCGGCGUGGUGGCAGUUCUGGUGGCGUGCUGCUCCAGCGGCUUUGCCGGCGUCUACUUUGAGAAGAUCCUGAAGGAGAGCAAGCAGAGCGUGUGGAUCCGCAAUAUCCAGCUCGGGCUGUUCGGCCUCAUAUUUGGUCUCUUUGGGAUGCUGGUGUACGAUGGGGAGAGAGUGAAGGAGUCAGGGAUGUUGCAGGGUUACAACACAGUCACCUGGAUUGUCGUAGUGCUGCAGGCUCUGGGUGGUCUGGUCAUAGCAGCGGUCAUCAAGUAUGCAGACAACAUCCUCAAGGGCUUUGCUACAUCGCUCUCCAUCAUCCUGUCAACUAUCAUAUCGUACUUCUGGCUGCAGGACUUUGAGCCCACCGGUGUUUUCUUCCUGGGGGCUCUUUUGGUCAUUGGAGCCACUUUCCUGUACGGCUAUGAAGGCAAGCCUUCCCCCAACAUCAGCAGGGCGUAGGACAUUCACGGCUGACACUGGAGCAGCAGCAGGAGGUCCUGCUGAAGCGUGAAGAUAAGGAGGGGAAUAGAGGACAGAGAUGAGGGGGAAAAAAGAAACAAAAAAAAAAACAAGGGGAAAGGUCUUUAUCAUAUAAUGCGAGUGCAAAAAGGAGGAGCAGAGGAAAUGGCAGAGAGGAGGUAAGCAGAGGAAAAGUCGAAGGGGAGAGUUACAAAAAUACUAAGCAAGCACAAAGCUGUGAGAAGUCUGUCACCAAAAGUGCCUCAGCUGAAGAAAACGGGUGAAACAGGAUUGAACCUUUUUCCUUCUCAUUUCAUUGCCGCUGUAGAGAUAAUUCCAGUCAACCGCUUAGAAGACGUUCUUCACAGGAAUGACUAAUACUUAUUUAGAGCCUGUUUAACUGUCGGUCACUGUUUCACCUUUGUUGAGACUGUUACUGGGUUUGUUCACCUCAGAGUUGCUGUAUUUCAGGUUCGGUCACAUCAGAUGACUCGUUCCACACAUGUGAAAGCAGAAUUAAGGGCUGACGUGUGCUCAUUGCUCAUCCAAAGCAAAUGGUCACAAAUGAUCCAGGUUAGUAUUAAAUGGUAAGAUAGGAUAAAGUGAGUGUUUCGGGUAAAAACUAAUCAAUCAUACAAAAGCCUUCAGACUCGUAAUAGCUCAAGUCUUCAGAAGUUGCGUUGUCUAAUUUAUGGCUUGUCGUACUGCCCUUUCCCUCAGCUAUUCUUGGAAACAGUUUUUGUUGCCAGGCAACAUCAAAUCACUGUGUCGUCUUUGAUAAUGUACACAGAUCACUGUAUGGCUGUGGUCUGUCUGUUAAAUGGGUGUGUGAAUAAAAGAAAAAAUAAUUCUUUUCAGAAAUGCUGUUGGAGGCUAACAUGGGGGUUAUUAGGUUAUUUAAAGACCGUUUUGAUUUGUUUGUACAACUUAAAAUUCUGUAAAAUGUUGGUGUAAAUAACAGCACAAUUUAAAAUUGUAAUCUGUGAAUCUAAAGGAAUAAUUUGUUUAAUUUAUUCAUUCAUUCAUUUGGCUUACGUUUACAUGAUUGUUCCAAGCCAGUGACGAUCAAACUCCUGCUCCUUGUGUAAUGGUAAAUGCUCUGUAUUUAUAUAAUGACUUUUUAGUCUUUAGAACCACUCAGAGCUCUUUACGCUACAGUUUUGCCAUUCACUCAUUCACUCAUUCACUCUCACAUUCGUACAGCGCGUCGAGCUGCCAGCAGCAACUUGGUGUAAACUGUCUUGCCCAGCGGCUCAUCGGCAUGUAGAUUUGCAGAGUCGGGGAUCAAACCCCCUGACUUUGUGGUUGGAAGAUGACCCGCUCUACCACUGUGUCCAAUGCUUUUGUAAAAGUAUACCCUGUUGAUUUUAAGUAAACAUAAUCACUUAAUGUGGAACUGUCUGAGUUGUUAGAACUGAUUUUUUCAAAUGUGUAAGUAAUUAUUUGCAUAAAAAGUAUCCCGGGACUGUACUGAAUUUUUUGUCUUGAACCAUUUAGUUGUUUUUUUUUGGUAUAAAGUGGGUGUAAUUAAUAACGUCAUUAUUUUUAAUUCCUUAUCUGUGGAUCUUUUAUUAAAGAAAAAAAAGUUUCCAACUUGG